CGCAGCGGCCGCCGCAGCCUCGGCAGCAUCGCGCGCUCCUGUCCCCGGCGCUCGGCCUGUGUCCCGAGACCGGCAGCAGCAGCAGGAUCUGCGCUCAGACUCUGGAAAUCUGAUCUAAGCUAUCCUGUGACUGACAACUUUACAGCUACACCAAGAGAUUCUCCAGCCUUUUGUCUCUGACGAGGCGCACUGAUUGGGAUCUGCUUAUUCCACAGAUCAAAAAGGAGCCAGAGAGCCUUCCUGGUUCUUUAACCACAGGACACAGCAGCCUUGAAGCUCUCCCCUCUGCUUAAGCAGGACAGAGAAAGAGAGGAAAAAUGGCAGAUGAUAGGAAGGAUGAAGCCAAGGCACCGCACUGGACUUCAAGUCAACUAACAGAGGCUUCUUCACACCCGCAUUCCCCUGAAAUUAAGGAGCAAGCUGGUGCAGGUGCCGGACUGGUCAGAAGUGCCAAUGGAUUUCCAUACAGAGAGGAUGAGGAAGCAGGAUAUGGUGAACGCGGGCAACAGGGCACAUACUCUAGAACCAAAGAGAAUGGGAUCAAUGGAGAGCUAUCCACAGGAGACAGAGAAACAGCAGAGGAAGUGUCUGCAAGGAUAGUCCAAGUAGUAACAGCUGAAGCUGUAGCAGUCCUGAAAGGUGAACAGGAAAAAGAAGCCCGGCACAAAGAUCAGCCUGGACCAUUACCUUUAGCAGUUGAAGAAUCAGCUAAUCUGCCUCCUUCCCCGCCUCCAUCACCAGCCUCAGAACAGACUGGAACACUGGCAGAAGAAGAAGAAACAGUAGAGAGUCCAAUGGCUGAGGAAGCGAAACCAGCAGUUCUUCCUGGAAAGGAGCUGGGGAAAGACAAUGGGUCUGCUGAGUCUUCAGAGCAGGCAGAGGGCCAGCUGGAUUCUGGUUCGGAGGCCAAAGUGUAUCGUGAAGACAGUGUGCUAAGUGUGGCACCCAGCGGGAAAAGCGUAACAGUUGUCGAGGAGGUGCCCCUGAAAGCAAAUAUACCUUCCUUGGCUGAGGAAGAUUUACUUACAGCCUCGAAGAUGGAAAUCCGUGACCAGGAGGGCACAGGCCCUUUCACAGCUGAGCCAUUAGACACAAAGGAUCGUGAGUCAGAGAAAGACAGUAAGACUGAUGAGCAAUCUAAACAUGAUGCCUUAGUUCCACAGCCAGCAAAAACUGAGAUUCUAGAUAAAAAGGAGUCACGGGGCAAAGAAGAGGAGAAAACGCAUCCAACUGUGUCGGGACAGACUUUGGAUGCAGAUCUGCAAAAGAAAGGGGAAAUAAGUUUUGCAGACCCAGGUGCUGAUUCAACUGCAGAAUCUCUUGUAUCUCAAGGACGCAGGGAUUUAUCAGCUGACCUGCCGAAGGCGAGUAAAACAGAUGGAAGGAGUACAGAUACCCAGAUACCAUCUAACCAGGCUAUACCCCUGACAUAUAAAGAUGACUUUACAGAAACCCAGAAGAGUAAUCUUGCUCUUUUGCCUUCAGAAUCUAGAAUUGACGUGUCUGGUGCUGCCAAAAGUGAACCUCUUUCAGAAACUCCAAUGACUGUCUCACAGAAAUCACAACUUGAAGACAGUUGCAAAACAAAACAAGAGUUCCCUGACAAAGAGACUGCCAAAGAUCUUUCGAAAGAUGAAAAGAUCCACAAAGACAAAACAGAAAAGCCAGAGGCAGGAGAAGUCUCUGCAAUGGCUGCAGAUGCCCCCAAACCAACUACAGAGGAAAGACCCGUCCAGAAAGUUUCUACCUGGGGGGAAGAAAAGGACAUGACAAGGGACGAGAGUGAUGAGGAGGAAAGAUACGGCUUCCUGGAUUGGCAGCCCUCCAAAGUAUUAGAUGAUAGUAAACUUUAUGUGGAGCAAGAAGAUAAAAUAGUUGUUCCAGACAAAGCAGUUGUUAGUGAAGCUAAAAAGUCAUCUGAUGGUCUCAAAGCAGAAGAAGAGACUGAUCGAACUGGGGUCUCAACAGUAGUAGAUGCCAAAAAGGAAGAGCAGCAGAGCACAGAGACCCCCAUUGGCAAGUUAAGCCAUGAAUCAGUUCCUGAGAAAGCAAAAGAACCUAUAGAUACAGUUCAGUUAUCUAAAACACCAGAAAAAGCUCCUGAUGCACCAAGGUUAACAAGUGAAAAGGGCCCAACUCAUGAACUUCGUCAAGACAGAACCAUUGAAAAGGAUGCUAAGGAGGAUACAUUCCAUAUCUCAGAUUCAGCUACUCAUGAAAUACAGGUAGAGGAGGAUAGGUCAGGAAUGUCAAAGUAUUUUGAAACAUCUGCUUUGAAAGAGGAAGCAACAAAAAGUGACACACAGCAGCAAGGCAGUGAUUACUAUGAACUAAGUGACACUAAGGAAAGUGCAUAUGAACUUUAUCAUGCAGAUCCUCUACUAUCUAAAAAGGAAGACAAAAAAUUAGAGCCAGAAACGGAUCAACCAUCCAGUGUCCCUGCUCAUGAAAUAGGAUAUAGUACUCUUGCUCAGAGUUUUCCAUCAGAUAAGUCUGAGGAACCUAGCUCUCCGCAGGAAAGGAUGUUCACUAUUGAUCCCAAAGUGUAUGGGGAUAAGAGACAAAUCCAUAGUAAAAAUAAAGAUGAUUUGACUCUAAGCAGGAGCUUAGGACUUGGAGGAAGAUCUGCAAUAGAACAGCGGAGUAUGUCAAUUAACCUGCCAAUGUCCUGUCUAGAUUCUAUAGCACUAGGAUUCAGCUUUGGCCGUGCUCAGGAUCUCUCUCCCCUCGCUUCAGAUAUUCUAACAAACACUAGUGGGAGCAUGGAUGAAGGUGAUGAUUAUUUGCCAGCAACCACCCCGGCAUUAGAGAGAGCCCCCUGUUUCCCUAUAGAUAGCACAGAGGAAGAUGAAAACAUUGAGGAGGAAAAAGCAAUGGAAGAAGAAAAUAUUCAGGUUGAAUCCUUGUGUGAGUCACCCUUCCUGGCUAAAGAUUAUUACAAAAAUGGGUCUGUAAUGGCCCCUGACUUGCCUGAAAUGUUAGACCUAGCAGGCACAAGGUCUAGAUUAGCUUCUGUGAGUGCUGAUACAGAGGUGGCACGAAGAAAAUCGGUUCCUUCUGAUGCUGCUGUAGAAGACAGUGGUGCGUCCCUGCCUCCUGUGACUGAUGAAAACCACAUAACUCUAAAAGCUGAAAGUCAGCUAGAAGACUUAGGCUACUGCGUUUUCAAUAAGUACACAGUCCCACUACCUUCUCCAGUCCAGGACAGCGAGAGCCUAACAGGUGAAAUCUGCCCCUUUUAUGAAGGCAGGGAUGAAAAAAUGAGAAGAGGACUGGCAGCUGACCUCUCUUUGAUAGAAGUGAAGUUGGCAGCAGCUGAAAAGUCUAAAGAAGAAUUCAGCAGCGAAAAAGACUUGAGUCCAAACAUCUCCAGUGAUGCAACAGUUUUGGGAAGGGAGUUUGAGCAGGAGAAAAAAGGCUCUGAUAAGCUAGAUACCGUGCUAGAAAAAAGUGAGGAACAAGUUGAUUCCAAAGAAAUCUAUUCCCUUGAAGAUACAAAACAUGAGAAAAAAAGGCCUGAUGCUAUUUUAGAAAUGAGAGAAGAAGGUACAGUUGAUAAACUUCCUGUAGCCGGGCCGGAGAGUGAUACUGCAUAUGACAAAGCAUUAGAAAAAGAGGUAACAAAAGAAAAAGAUCUCGUUUCUUUACUGACUCAGAAGGAAGAAAACUCUCUUAGCAUUAUACCAAAGGUAGCUGAGAUAGAAACACCACACAGGCCAGACUACGAUGCUAUAAAACACGAUAUGGAUGUUGCUGCCAGGAGAGCUGACCAGGAAUACCAGACCCAGCUACAUACUGAGAUCAGUGAGUUUGCUGCAGCUGGUUCAAAGCAGGACACAGAUUCUGUACAAAAAGCAGAGUCUGAAGCCCAAGAAUCUCAGCAGCAGCAAAAGGACCUGGCCUCUUUGCCCAAAGAACCAAAGGAGGCAGAUGUUCUUUCAAGAACUGAGCCUAGUGAAAUGAAGGACAGCACCAAACUAUCUGAGUCUGAAAUUAAGGAGAAAGUGCCUAAGCCUGAUCUGGUGCAUCAGGAAGCAGUAGAUAAAGAAGAAUCUUACGAGUCUAGCGGAGAACAUGAUCAAAUCCAGGAAGACGUAAAUGGAGAAUCUUUGAAACCUGAUGAUGGCAAAAUAGAACCUCAGAAACUACCUGUAUCAGAAGAAGAGAUAACAUCACAAUUGCCAGUGGAAGAACCUUCCCUCGAGCUUGCCAUUUCAAAACCUGAUUCUCUGCAAGAAGAGACAGCUGAUAUCCAAAUGGAGAGCAUACCACAGCCUAAAGAAGAAAUUAAAGAGACGACUCCAGACAUAGCUGUGAGACCUGCAGAAACCACGGAGCAGCUACCGUGUGAUUUAACACCUGAGUCUGUAAAAGGCAAAGAGCAUGAAGAAAAAGAUGAAGAAAAAGAAGAAGAAGAUGAUAAGCAUCAACUCGUGUCAGACAUGCACCAAGAAAUAGAGUUGGAGGCACCUGCUGGAGAAGAGGCUCCGACUGAGGCUGGCCCAGAGGAAAUGCCUGAAUUGAAAGGAGUUAUUGAGUCUGUUGUGACAAUUGAGGAUGACUUCAUCACGGUGGUGCAGAUGACUGUGGAUGAGGGCGAAUCUGCCUCUCACAGCGUACGCUUUGCUGCCGCACAGCAGGAAGAAAUGGAAAGAAGGGACUCCCUGCCUGAAGAGGAAGUGGAGAUGGAGAUGGAGGAACCCGCUGACAUCCAGGCAGAGCCCACAGAGGGCUCGCUGGAAGCUCCCGCUUCACCCGAGAAGGAGGAGAUCCUGCUAACCGAUUACAAGACAGAGACAUAUGAUGAUUACAAAGAUGAAACAACUAUCGAUGACUCCGUCAUGGACACGGACAGCCUGUGGGCAGAUACUCAAGAUGAUGAUAGGAGCAUCAUGACAGAACAGUUAGAGACUGUUCCUAAAGAGGAGAAAGCAGAGAGAGAAUUGCGAAGAUCAUCUCUCGAUAAGCAUAAAAAAGAGAAACCUUUUAAAACUGGGAGAGGCAGGAUUUCUACUCCUGAAAGAAAAAUAGCUAAAAAGGAACCUAGCACACUCUCCAGAGAUGAAGUGAGAAGGAAAAAAGCAGUGUAUAAGAAAGCUGAACUUGCUAAAAAAUCUGAAGUUCAGGCCCACUCUCCCUCCAGGAAAAUCAUUUUAAAACCUGCUAUCAAAUAUACUAGACCAACUCAUCUCUCCUGUGUUAAACGGAAGCAGACAGCGGCAGGUGGUGAAACAAACCAGGCUCCAGGUGUAUUUAAACAAGCAAAGGAAAAACUUUCAACUUCCUCUUUGUCAAAGAUUCCUGCCUCAAAGUCUAGAGCGAAGUCAUUGCUUCCUCCAAGACCCAGCUCAGCUUGCUCACUAACUACUAAAAGGGCUACUUUUCUCGAUACAGACAGUUACUUUGUACGGCCCUCCUCAGCGGGCCCAAGAGACUGCUUUCCAUACUCAAAAUCAGAUGCUAAGGAUGGAAUAACCAAGAGUCCAGAAAAGCGUUCCUCUCUACCAAGACCUUCCUCCAUCCUCCCCACUCGGAGAGGUAUAUCAGGAGACCGGGACAGAGAUGAGAAUUCUUUCUCCCUCAAUAGCUCCAUCUCCUCUUCAGUACGACGGACUACCCGAUCGGAGCCAAUUCGCAGCAGGACAGGAAAGAGUGGCACUUCUACGCCCACUACCCCUGGAUCCACUGCCAUCACUCCUGGUACCCCACCCAGCUACUCCUCCCGUACCCCAGGCACUCCUGGGACCCCAAGCUAUUCCAGAACCCCUCAUACUCCAGGCACUCCCAAGUCUGCUAUAUUGGUGCCCACUGAGAAGAAAGUCGCCAUCAUACGCACUCCUCCAAAAUCUCCAGCCACACCUAAGCAACUACGACUUAUUAACCAGCCUCUGCCGGACCUCAAGAAUGUCAGGUCCAAAAUUGGAUCGACAGACAACAUCCGGUACCAGCCAAAAGGGGGACAGGUUAGAAUUUUAAACAAGAAGAUCGAUUUUAGCGAUAUUCAGUCCAGAUGUGGUUCCAAGGAUAACAUCAAACAUUCUGCAGGGGGAGGAAAUAUACAAAUUGUAACCAAGAAAAUAGAUCUGAGCCAUGUCACUUCCAAAUGUGGCUCCCUGAAGAACAUCCGUCACAGACCAGGUGGGGGACGUGUGAAAAUUGAGAGUGUGAAACUGGAUUUCAAAGAAAAAGCUCACGCUAAAGUUGGUUCCCUUGAAAAUGCCCACCACACACCUGGAGGUGGCAAUAUCAAGAUUGACAGCCAGAAGCUAAACUUCAGAGAGCAUGCUAAAGCCCGUGUAGAUCACGGGGCCGAGAUCAUUACGCAGUCACCAGGCAGGUCCAGCGUGCCUUCACCGCGCAGACUCAGCAACGUCUCGUCCUCUGGAAGCAUCAACCUGCUGGAAUCCCCUCAGCUUGCUACCCUCGCUGAAGAUGUCACGGCCGCCCUUGCUAAGCAGGGCUUAUGAAUUUGCUCCAUUUAGCAGUGUAUGAAGUAAUAAUAUUUAGACAUGAGCUCUUGGCAGGAAUGGGCUCAGAGCAGGUGUUACAUUCAUUCUUUACCAUGUCUAAAAUUAAGUCACAUCCCAAGACUGUAGCAACCAUACAAUAAAAAAAAACCCCAAAAUAAUUAAAUAGAUGCAGAAAUUGGCCUGAUCUCCAUUUACAGCAGGAAGACACUGGCUUUACAUGGGUAUGCAAUUGCAGUGUAUGACAUUGGACGAUUAUUGUCGCUCUGCUCUGUCUUGCAUGGAGUACCGUACUAUGAUAAAAUGCAUUUUUACCUUUCCAUGUGCCUGAGGGCCAUUCACCUCUUUCUGACUUGCUACUAUCCCAAGUUGCUCAUUUCACAGUUCUGUUGAUGGGUGGGAGGAAAAAAAAGUCGCCCAUUGUAACUUAUUACAGGUUAAAUUAAACUGAAGAGCCUAGUUACCGGAUGGGAAGGGCAUAUAAAGGAAAUCAAGUUUAAUUUUAAAAAGUGUUAUUUUGUAUAAAUGGGUAGAAGGAGAAAGACUGGAUUAAGUUAUUAACGUUUUGGGGCCUGGAUAAUUAUGUCAGUGUAUAGCUGAUUCCAAUAAAUUAUUUAACUGAUAACUAAAAAUAGUAGUUGAAAAACAUUUGAAUUGUGCUUGAGGAAGUGGCAUUUUUAAAACAAAAACGCUGUUGAAAGGAAGCACUUCCAUUUCAAUGGGCUUGUGUCUGAUUAGAAUGUCGGUUAAGCGGCUAGAUUUGUGUACACACUACCGGUUUCACAUCCUUUCCAUCUGUUUGAUACAGUAUUAUAGAUAUAUAUAUUUCUCUGUGGCCAUUUGUGAUACGCCCUCAUAUACUUGAAUAUUAUACUUCUUUAUUCACAGUAUCUGUGUCUCUUGCACCCUUUGGUGUUGCAAUUUUAGGUAUGUAAAAGUAGAUGUUAGCAGGGUUUUUUUUCCCUAUUCAGAAAAAAAUACAUAAAAAGACAAAAACGUUUAGCAUGAAAUUGCUUUCUGUAACAACUAAAAGCCGUGACCCUGUUUUAGUGUCAGAUGCAAGUCUCUUCUGUGAUGCUAGAAAAAUUAUUCCUUUUCCCCACCCUCCUUUUUUCACCAAGACUGAUUUUGUGAGUUCCAGAUGUUUAGAAAAAGGGUUUCCAAAGAGGUGGGUUUGGAUUCUGGAUUUUUUUAAAUCAAAAACAGUUUGGUUUUAGCUUUUUUUUUUUAAAACUUCUGUAGUAACAAUGAAUGUUGGAUUUAUUUCAUUGAAUUUUUUUCUUUUGCUAAAGUUGAAAAAAGUAUUUGGGUGUCAUUCCAUACCUUCAGUAGUGUCUUAUGUGUACACUCGGGCACUCUGGUAGUAUAGCAGUAAAUACUGUAGAGAUGCCAAUAAAUUAUAAUUAAUAAAUUAAAUAGAUAGAUAAAAUGAACUCCCUAGCCUGGAUCACCAAGGUGACUGAAUAGAUAAAUAGGGCAUCUUUAAAUCUCAACAAAGAAGCAGCAAGUGUAUGUUGACUAUAAAAAGUAUAAGAAAAGUGUACAUAAACUUGCAGAGAGACACACAAACAUCAGAUCUAAGGGAGUUACUUGUGAGAACUCCAACACAACAUUAUGGACACUAAGAAAACACUGCUGAAGGUAAUAUGGUGGUAUUACUCAUCAGUGGAUAACAAAUCUGCUGAUGUUAUGUACAGUAGGUAGACAUUAUAAAAUGACCAAUUUACACACUUGCAGAUUGUUGGCUCUCUUCCUUUUGAAAUCUCUAGCUAAUCUUUACACUGUCAACUGAGCUAGACAUGAAUUGUGUAUUAAGUCAACCUUGUGUAUUGGAAGCUUUUGAGUACUCUGUUCUUUUGUGUGUGUGUGUGUGUGUCUGUGUGUGUGUGUGUGUGUGUGUGUGUGUGUGUGUGUUGGGGAUUGAUCUGAAAAGAACAUAGAGAUGAUGUUUGUGUCUGCGCAGAAGAUUCUUAUACUUAAUAGCAAAGGAUUCCACAGAAUUAAAUUUAGUAUUAAUCUGCACAAAUACUAAAGAGUAAAUCUUCGGUGUGGUGAAUGGAGAUUUUGGCCAAGCAGUUGUUCCCCGUGGCAUUAAGAUGAAUUAUAUGGCUCAAACUCCAUGCACCUUACUGAAGAUGAACUCCUAAAUAGCCCCACACAUCAACUCCGCAAAAAGCGUUUUCACACUCUAAAGCACGGAAUGCUGUUUGUAAGUCAGUUAUUUUAUACAAAAGACAUGGAGUUUAGCAACCAUCUAAAGUGCAUCAAGAGGAUUCUGAUUUCUGCCUUGUAAUUGCUGUACUGUUGCUUAGAAUAACCAAUGGGAAUUUACUUGGAAAUAAUGUUUGGUGUGGUCCAUAAAAAUGUCUUGCCAUUGUUUAAGAAAAACAAAAAGAGGAACAAGAACAGUAUUUCUGAUCAUGUUGCUCUCCAUCAAUUAAUGCAGAUGCGCCGUGCAGUGUUUUUAUUAUGCCUUUUGCCAAUGUUAGGAAGAGCCUAAGGUACUCUUCAGCCUCAGCGUCACUGAAGUUGAACACAGCUGGUCAGAACAGUAUUUAAACUAUGACUCAAGUACUUUUUAUCCUGCUUUUAAAAAAAAACAAAACCACAUUCUGUAGAUGGUGAAGUUUAGUUAUUGCACAUACACAUCCAAAGUCAAACUGAUGUAACACAUCAAGUCAUUUACUUCAUGCUUUGAAAUGAGCUUUCUUGUCUUAAUUCAAGCAAAGUCCUUGUAAUCAAUAAUUGUCCUUCCAUAGAAAGAGUUCUAGAACUUUUGUGAGGAGCUAGAUGAAGAUAAAAGAAACCAAGAGUUUAUGUUAAAUAAAAUGCGAGUUACGUUACGCAACGCUAGAUAUUCACUGAAAAAGCUCAUAAGAAUCUUAACUUCUCAAGAAGAGUGUCAGUUUAAAAACUUUGCAAGCACUUGGUGGCCAUGUUCCAGUUUUCUGGAACCCACGUCUUUAACAGUGCUAUUCUAUGGCAAGUUUAGCCAGUCAGUGACAUCUAAGAGCCAACUUCUCUCUAUUUGUAACAGUGAAUAAAUAGAAAAUUUAAAUUAAGCCAAAUCGGAUAGUCAUGGGAGAAUCAAAACUGAGUAUAUUUGUUGAGUGGUAGGACAAUGGAAAAGGCACUCUGGGUGUCUCUACAUCUGCAAAAUAUCUGUUUCUAUGUAAUCCUAGGCAGGAAGAAAUCCAGUAAAAGUUGAGCAGAACUUGGUCCAGCAACAAUGAAGGAGAAACUAACAAUGAUGAGGAUACUCCUGUGUCCACUAGACAACACAUAUUUUCACUGUACAGCAGUAAAUGGUAUUAGCCAGCUAACACUAUGUUAAUGUACAGUAGCAACAUUUCUUUCCUCAUUAUGACUGCUUGCAAAUAUAUAUAAACUGGCCUAUCUACACAACCCAAAGGGAGUUGAAAGGCGGUCUAUGUGGACUACUGUAUAUGAGAAAAGUUUUUGCUGGGCUGGACCAAAAUAUUUUCUGAAAAUCAAGUAUGAACAUCUCUUCAAAGACAGAUGUCUUUAAGUGUAGAUCACUUUUGUUAUAUAAAAUGAAGCAGAUAGAAUUUUAGCCUAGGUGUGUGUAGAGCUCACUCGCUCUUAGUAAUCUUACUCAAGCAAUGCCCUCUGCAGGAAAAUAAUUUACUUUCAGACUUAAAGGUCAGGCAAAAAAGCCACUUCAACUUUAGCAAAGAGAAAAAAGAAAAAAAAAAAAUCAUAUUCUGUAUGCUGGGAUUUGGAGGAAUACAGUCUGCCGUUACAAACCUGUGUUUUUUCUGAUAAUUCUAGAGCCUGUUACCAUAAA